AUGGUGGUAGUGACGAUGAUGGGUCAUGGUGGUGGUGAUGACGGUGGUGGUGGUGAUCAUGGUGGUGGUGAUGAUCAUGAUGGUGAUGGUGAUGAUGGCGGUGAUGAUGAUGGUGGUGGUGGUGGUGAUGAUGGUGGUGGUGAUGAUGGUGAUGAUCAUGGUGGUGAUGAUGGCAGUGAUGGUGGUGGUGAUGGUGGUGAUGAUGAUAGUAAUGAUGGUGGUGAUAAUGGUGGACUGGUGGUGAUGAUGGUGGUAGUGAUGGUGGUGGUGGUGGUGAUGGUAAUGAUGGUGGACCGGUGA